AUGUUUAGGAGCAACAAUGUUACGGCCCGGAUUUUUGAGCGGCAGAUUUCUAACCCUGCUCCUGGCACCAGUGUUCAUCGUGCCAGGCGAUUUUAUGAGAACAUAGUCCCAAGUCAUACCAUAUAUGACAUCGAAUGCCCCGACCUUUUAUUUCGUAAGUUCACAGACGAUGGACAGUAUCUUAUAACUUUCAGCAGGAAUCAUCAGGAUCUCAUUGUUUAUAGACCGACAUGGUUGUCAUUUUCGUGCGAAGUAGAAGAUUGUUAUGCUCAUGACCUUCCAAAUAAAGCCAACAAAUUUGAGAGUUUCUUCACCCAACUAUAUAGUGUUUCUCUUGCUUCCAGUGGUGAACUUAUAUGCAAAGAUUUCUUCCUUUACAUAGAAGGCAAACAGUUUGGAAUAUUUGCAACUUCAACUGCACAAAUUCAUGAUGCACCUGCUGUUGGAGGUGCAAUUCAAGGAAUCCCAUCAAUUGAAAAGAUAACCUUUCACCUCUUGAGACUGGAAGAUGGAGUAAUACUUGAUGAGAGGGUUUUUUGCAACGAUUAUGUUAAUUUAGCACAUAGCAUGGGUGUCUUCUUGUAUGACGAUUUAUUGGCCAUAGUCUCUCUGCGUUACCAAAGAAUACACAUUCUCCAGAUUAGGGACUCUGGCAACUUUGUUGAUGUGCGUGCAAUUGGGAAAUUUUGCUGUGAAGAUGAUGAACUUUUCCUCAACUCUAGUGCACAGUGCACUGCCCCUGACAAAAAUAAAUUGCACCAAGUGUCUACAAAUCAUGUUGGGAAUGGUUCACAUGUAGAAUAUAUUCAUGAAACUUCUUUUUUGAGUGGUUUAAAGCAGCGGUUGCUUUCAUUCAUAUUUCGAGGAAUAUGGAAUGAAGAAGUUGAUCCAAAGCUGAGAAUGCAAUGCCUGAAGAAGAAGUUCUAUUUCAAUUUCCAAGAUUAUGUAGAUUUGAUCAUCUGGAAGGUGCAAUUCUUGGACCGAUAUCAUCUAUUGAUCAAACUUGGCAGUGUUGGUGGAGGGGUGGCACGAAAUGCAGAUAAUCAUCCUGCCUUUUUUGCUGUAUAUAACAUGGAGACUGCUGAAAUUAUUUCAUUUUAUCAGAACUCUGCAGAGGAGCUUUAUUCAUUGUUUGAACUGUUCUGCGAUCACUUUCACUCGUCAUCAAAGAAUUCAUCACUUUACAUGAAUUUCAUAUCAAGUCAUUCAAAUAACAUCCAUGCCCUGGAGCAGCUAUGGAGCAAUAAAAAUAAAGCUACCAGCUUGUCUCAGUUUGUGAAGAAGAUGUUAGUCAAUUUGCCUUUUAAUUGUCAAUCUCAGAGUCCUUCCCCCUACUUUGACCAAUCCCUCUUCCGAUAUGAUGAGAAGCUGAUUUCAGCAACUGACCGACAUAGACAGUCCGCUGACCAUCCCAUCAGAUUCAUUUCAAGGAGGCAACAAAAUAUUCUCAAAUUCAAGAUCAAAACAGGACCUGAAGCUGGAAGCUCUGAUUGUCGAACGAAAAAAAUCUGCUCAUUUCUCUUCCAUCCAGUUUUGCCUCUAGCAAUCUCCAUCCAACAGACACUGUUUUUGCAGCCAGCAGUUGUAAAUAUUCACUUCCGUCGAUAA